UUUUUUUUUUUACCUUUGGGUAAUAACAAUUUAUUAUCCAUUGGUGUACAUCAUUCUUACUUAUAUCUUCGAAUACCUAUAUAUUACUCUUGAUUUCUUUGUCAUCAAUUGAAAGUUGACUUUCAACCCUACUCUAUUCAGUGAAUGUUUUAGUUAUCUACUCUUUUGUCAAUAUCUCUCUUCUAUAGUUCUAAAUAUUGAUUUCUAUAUAUAUAUAUACACACACAGACAGACAUACAUAUACAUAUUUAUAUAUAUAUACAUUUAUAUAUAUAUAUUUAUUCUUUACAUGCAAUUAUCAUUAUCUAUACCUUCUUACAACCAACCUGCAGUGCAAAUAUCUGUUCAACCUAUGGAUGCCACAAUGCAAGAUGAUACCACUCAGUCUUUAGAACAAGAGACUUCUUAUCCACUAUCUACUGUUGCCACUCCUCCAAAUAUUGCUUAUUCUGCCUUUGACUCUUCUAAUCCUUAUGGUAUUGAACAACAAUCAAAGGACCAUUUUACUUCUUUAUCUAAGCGACAUGAUCGAACACCUAGGAAACGGUCCGUUACCGGUGAUGAUUGUAUCUUACCUUUUAAUACAUCAUUCAAGCGCGCAAGAAUCAAAAUGAAUGAUCGUCCACAUGCUACUGAUUCACAACAAGAUGAUACCAAUUUUUAUUUCAAUAACACAGCAUUUCCAACACCAUCUCCCACACCAGUUACUCAACAUCCAGGUCGUAAUCAAGAACAGCAACAUCAACUCUCUCAUCAACACAAUAUAAAAGAUACAUCAAUACUGAAUGCUCUACGACAAAUGCCCAAUAUUAUCGAUUCCUAUGACACCUUACCUAUAGACAUGAAGACAUACCUAUUAUUCCAACUGUUGAAAAGGUCAUCUACUCAAUCUUUGAAAUAUCUCAAUUCGAUCAUUGUUUCUUCAUUCAAACGUGACUUUUUGGCUACUCUUCCACAUGAACUAGCUCUUCAAGUGAUACGGAAUCUGGAUGCUAGGUCUCUAUGUCGUGCAGCUACCGUCAGUAAAACUUGGCGCUCCAUAGUCGAUGGUGACAAAACAACCUGGCGAACUUUAUUGGACAAGGAUGGAUUCAAAGAAGACGAUCAAUCUUAUGUUCAAUCAUCAACACACAAUAUUCAUUCAAAAAAUCGAUAUAGUAGUAACAACAAUGAUCAUGACAACGAUAUGAAACUUGAACAGUUUGAUACUAGCGAACCUAUGGAUAUAGAUGAAUAUGACCGUAUACAUGAUGAAGAUGACAAUGACGACAAUAAUACUCAAACCAACAACCAUGAUGGAAACGCAGGAACAAGCAAAGGAAAAAAACGUUGUCUCUCAUCUAUCGAUAAUCCUUACAAAAAUGACUAUCGAAAACGAUACAGUUUACGUAGCAAUUGGAAACGAGGCAAUUUCAAACGUAUCAGUUUCCCUGGACACAGUAGCCCUAACGAAAAUGUGGUGACAUGUUUACAAUUCGAUGAUGACAAGAUUAUAUCAGGUGUGGACGACCGAGUAAUCAAUAUUUACGAAACCAAGACUGGCAGACAUAUCUCGACGUUACGUGGACAUGAAGGUGGCGUAUGGGCACUACAAUACAUUGGCAACACAUUGGUUAGUGGCUCAACAGAUUGUACCAUCCGUAUCUGGGAUAUUGAACGUGCGGUAUGUACACAUGUCUUUUUAGGUCAUACUUCUACUGUACGAUGUUUACAAAUUGUGAUGCCUACCAUGGUCAACGGUCGAUUGGAACCAUCUCAUCCUUUGAUUAUUACUGGUUCACGAGAUUCUACAUUGAGAGUAUGGCGGCUUCCUGAUCCACGAAAUGAUCCUCCUUUUGAUGGCAAUGGUGUGAAUCCAUGGUAUAUGCAUACUUUGACAGGACAUAGUCUUCCAGUGCGGGCCAUCACAGCUCAUGGAAAUACUCUGGUUAGUGGAAGUUACGACAAUAUGGUGUGCGUAUGGAACUUGGAAACGGGUCAACUGAUUCAUCGAAUGGAAGGGCAUCAACAAAAGGUAUAUGCAGUAGUGAUUGAUCCUGAUCGAAAGCGAUGUAUGAGUGGAGGUAUGGAUGGCACUAUCCGUGUAUGGGAUCUUACAACAGGUCAAUGUUUACAAUCUCUUGAUGGUCAUACUAUUUUAGUGGGUUUAUUGGGUCUGACAAAAAACUAUCUGGUAUCUGCCGCAGCUGAUGGUACUUUACGGGUAUGGUCUCCUGAAAACGGUAUCUGCCAAAAUGUGCUUAGUGAUCACAAAGCGCCCGUUACUUGUUUUCAACAUGAUGAACACAAGGUGAUUUCUGGAUCUGAAGGUGGAUUGAAGAUGUGGGAUAUCAAGACUGGGCGUCAUAUCAAGGAUUUGAUUACAGAUGUAGAUUGGGUUUGGCGUGUUGCUUUUAACAAACAUCGAUGUGUCGCUGCGGUAUCCAAGAAUCAUGUUACCUCUUUUGAAGUCUUAGAUUUUAGUGGGGAUGGCUUACAAGAACAGUCUGAUUGAUGAAUUCCUUUUUUUAAUUGCUUGAAAUGCUCUCAACGGUGGUUAGCUUAUUUUUAUAUCUGGUCUCGAUUCUGAUUGUUUGUUUAUUAUUAUUGAUAUCUUUUUUGUGAUUCCAAUAAACAUAUUACGUUAUUCUUCUUCCUCAUCUAUUGAAGGUUGGCUCUCAGUAUCAUGACGGAUUUCUUGUCAUACUUUUAUGAUCUCACCCGUACUACCUGAAAGAAAC